AGUCCUUCGCUUCUAAAUAUGACUUUUAUUUCCGAUUUUUAACAUAGUAUUCGUCAUUCUAUCCAGCAAGAUCACUGGGAUUCUUCGGGUUUUCGGAAUUCAGUAUCCUCACCUGCAGCAUUACGUCGCGUGCGAGCCAUAUCCCGGCCACACCUUGAUAAACACAUAACAGGUACCUAAUCUAACCUACAUAUGUUUAGGUCUGAAACAGAAGCAGAGCUAUCAACACAGCUCUAGCUCACUAUUUAGACCUGAUUUAGUGAGUUGAAGAAGGAAGAAGCGUUCCAGUUUUUUACCUUUACCCCUCAGGCGAUAAACUCGUCCGAGAGGUUCGAGGCGACAGCUACUCGCUUUGUAACUCGCUUCUUGAAGCUUUCACCAUGGAGGAGGGCCAGAUACCUCAUUAUCUGGACAGAUUCCCCUUAGGCUUGAGCGGGAAACGUAUCCUUCUAUGCACCGAGAGCCUCGGCCCGGUGAACGGCGUAUCGCGCACCACCAAGAUGCUGGUAGACCAGCUGCGAUCUCACGGGACACUCGUCUCGGUAGUUGCGCCGUAUAACCAUACAGAAGUCAACACGUUCAACCCGAUUGGCUUCUCUGGCGACACGAAUGGGUUGUUCCGUGAAGAAGUACGGCUGAAAGGUUACCCUCUGCCUUUUAAUCCCGAACUAUCCGUGGCAUAUCCCGUACGACUUUCCGAGAUAUAUAGGAGGACAUUCGGAGGACCCCCGGACCUCAUUUACCUAGCUAGCCCUGCGUCGUUGGGAUUUCAGGUGAUGUUUCAGGUGCGGCAGUAUGCGAAGGAGCUGCAAAUACCUGUGAUAUGCAAUUUCCAGACCAACCUGGCAGGAUACUGCACCGUUCUAUUUCCCUGGCCGCUGGGAGAGAUCGCGAGUCGAGUCUUCGGCUUCGCAGAGGGUAACCUUUUUCGGGACUCCUCCGUAAAGACCAUCUUCUACCCCAGCACAUCCGUUAGGACAUACCUGGAAAAAGCCGCAAACGUGCCAACCGAUAAACUGGAGGUAUUGAGGAGAGGAGUCGACACCGAAGGGUUCAAUCCUCGCAAGAAAAGCCAAUCAUUGAGGAACGAAUGGGCGCCAAAUGGAGAACUUAUACUAUUCACCUGUUCGCGAAUAGCGGGCGAGAAGGGAUUCGGGUUUCUCGCAAAUGCCGCGGCGGAGCUGGACAAGAAGGGAUUGGACUUUAAACUCGUCAUCGUCGGCGGAAAUCGUAACCCGGUGGUCUUUCACGAAGUUAAGGACAUGUUUAAGCCACUCAUCGAGAAGGGCAAGGUUAUCUUCCUGGGGUUUAAAAUAGGAGAAGACCUGAUGACGCAUUACGCCUCGGCCGAUAUUUUCCUCCACUGCUCCAUCACAGAGACGUUUGGAUUGGUAGUCCUGGAGGCGUUGGCGAGCGGCGUACCGGUGAUCGCACGAGACGAAGGCGGGCCUAGCGACAUCAUCGAGCGCGGAAGGACCGGGUUUCUCACCGCGCCUGACGAUGUGGGGAGCUUUGUGGAAAAGGUACUGCUGCUUGGGCGAGACUGGAAACUCCGCGAACAGUUUAGUCAAGCUGGCCGGGCGUUCGCGUGCGGUGCCACUUGGGAGCGAAUCAGCAACAAGGUCGCUUGGCGGAUGUCAGAUACGAUCGAGGAAUUCGAACGGACCAGAGAAUUAGACGCCUCGAAGGCGCGGUCGCCGAUUAAGAACUGGCUACUCUCCAAGAUCGUUCAGGUGAAGAUAGCUUGUGCGCUUUUUGCCAUUACCGGCAUUUGGGCACCUGUUUCUGUCUACCUUUUCUUCGCAAAGAUUGGACAUCUGGUCAAGAAGUAUGGGGCGCGGGCUUUUACACGCUGAGGAAGACUAUUGAUCGUUCGCAGGGGGCCGAAAAUUACGAUUCCGAUAUAAGCC